AUUGCCUUUGCCUGCGGUACAUGCUGGAAAACAUGGCCUACUUGGCGAUCCCGUGACCAACAUGUAGCAGACACUUCACAUGAAGUCCCAGACUUUGAAUGCGAGACCUGUGACCGCUACUUCAACAGCCAGCGUGCUGUUGAGCAGCAUAUGAGCGAUCUCAACCACUGGGCUGCUUCAGCGUCAGAUUCGACGGAAGAGUCCAGCUACUAUUGCGAGUUCGAGUACUGUGGCGAGGAAUUUGACACGUCAGAUGAUCUAAGGAAUCAUGAAAUCGAUGAUCAUCUCUAUUGUGAUCCUUGUGAUCGGUCUUUCAAGGACUUGAAUAGCAUCAAGAUGCAUCUCCGAAGUAGGGUACACCAAGGAGAAAACCAGCCCUGCCCUUUCUGCGGUCACCUAUACGUAACUGCAGCGGGUGUCUUCCAGCAUCUUGAGAACAACGGCUGUCCCAAAGCUCCUUUAGACAGGAUGAUGGUUUACGAAGCAGUCAAAAAGCGGGAUCCCAAUGGCUCGCUUACCAUGAAACUGCUCAACUGGUCCAAGUCCGACAGUUUUGAGGCUACAGAAAGAUCCUGGAAUGCAAUCACUAGAACUUUUGAUUGCUCCCUCUGUCGGGCUCGUUUCAACAGCCUCAAAUCUCUUAAUCAGCAUCUUCAGUCGCCAAAGCACGUGCAAAAGUUGUACCAUUGCCCAAAAAAGGGUUGUGGUAAGAAAUUCACUACGCUUGCUGCAGCUACCAAUCACCUGGAAAGUGAGCAAAGCAAUUUCAUGCGCUUCGAGGAUGUUCAGGAGGCUGCGAGUCGAAUUUUCGACCCUGGUCGCAUGAUUGCUUUUUAG